AAUUAUUUACCUUAUAUUAAAAUUUUUCAAUUUAUUAAAUAUAUAAGCAAAAGAUAUCAACUUAAAAUAAAUUUCCAGAUAAUGAAAGUCUUAUCAUUACUCAUUGUCACCCUCAUCAUCUGCCAAUUUGAUGUUUUAGCUGUACAAGAAAACACUUCAGUCAAUUCUGAUCGUACACCUUUAAGAACUCUAGAAAGAGGGGUUGCCGAUUUAGAAAAUUUUAUAAGCGACCAAACACUUUCAGCGUAUACAGUAUUUUGGGAAAAGGAAAAUGUAAUGGAAACAAGUUAUGGUGGGCCUUACGAUCCACAUGAAAAAUAUCCCCAAAUGAAAAACUUUAUGGAUUUCUAUAGUCCUUAUGAGUGUAGAGUGAAGUUUUAUAAGGAUUUAGUAAGGAAAGCCGAUCUUUUAUGCCCAACAAAAACAAAUAACUCAUUAAUAGUUAAUGGGCUUAAAGUUAUAAAGAAGAGGAUCCAAAAAGCUAUAAAGAGAAAGGAAAAUAGACAAAAAAAGCAAGCUAGACCUGCUAAGGGUAGAAAAAGAGUUAACCCUAAAUAAAAAUUUAGAAAAAGAAGAAUCCAUAUGAAACAAUAAAAUUAUAUAUUAAUUGUUAUUUUCAAAUCUUAACUGUCAUAAUUAUGAUGUAAUUAAUCAUUAGAUUUACUUAACAAUUUUUAGAUUAUAGGGCAUUUGGUAUAUUUGCUAAAAUUGUGAUUAAUUAAUAUUUACAUUCUAUCGAAUUUAUGAUAAUAAAUCUUCGGGAACAUCAUUAUAACAUUUUUA